AUGAUGAUGCACUCGUCUCAGAAGGACACAACCUACACAAAGAUAUUUGUAGGAGGUCUUCCAUACCACACCACGGACUCCAGUCUCAGGAAAUACUUCGAAGUGUUCGGUGAUAUCGACGAGGCUGUUGUUAUAACGGACAGACAGACGGGGAAAUCCAGAGGUUAUGGAUUCGUGACGAUGGCAGACCGGGCGUCUGCGGACCGAGCCUGCAAGGACCCAAACCCCAUCAUCGACGGCCGGAAAGCCAAUGUGAACCUGGCCUACCUGGGGGCCAAGCCCAGGGUCAUGCAGCCAGGUUUCUCAUUUGGUGUUCCUCAAAUCCAUCCAGCGUUCAUCCAGAGGCCUUAUGGGAUCCCAGCCCACUAUGUCUACCCCCAGGCCUUUAUGCAGCCAAGCACCAUGGUCAUCCCUCACAGCAUGCAGUCGCCCGCCGCCACAGCCUCCGCCGCCUCCUCACCGUACCUCGACUACACCGGAGCGGCCUACGCCCAGUACUCAGCCGCAGCCGCCAGCGCCGCGGCCGCCGCUGCCUACGAGCAUUACCCGUACGCAGCCUCCCCGGCCCCUGCGGGCUACAUGGCUGCGGCAGGGUAUGGUUAUGCGGUCCAGCAGCCCCUAGCAGCCGCAGCCACCCCGGGAGCAGCCGCAGCAGCUGCAGCCUUCGCCCAGUACCAGCCUCAGCAGCUUCAGGCAGACCGCAUGCAGUAACUGACCACAACUACUACUAUUACUGAGU